GUCCAAAAACAAUAAAACCUCGACCUCCUACUUUGACAUCGAUCCCAUCUUUAUUGGCUGUUUUUCAAAAUGAAUGGGAUAGCUUAAUGUUGGAAACUUUUACUCUUAAACAGCAAUAUCAACAAGUUCGUCAGGAACUGAGUCACGCGUUAUACCAGCAUGAUGCUGCAUGUAGAGUCAUUGCUAGAUUGAUGAAAGAGAGAGAUGCUGCUAGAGAAGCAUUGGCAAAUGUUCAAGCUCAUAUUGCUGUACAACCUCCUUCAGACGCAGCUGCAUCAGAAGCAAAUACUGCAAUGGAAGUAGAAGAGGAGAAAAAGGGUGUGAAUGAUGUAGUUAUUGAAAAAUUAAAUGAAACCAGCGCCAAUUUAUCGAAAGCGCGUAAGAAAAGAAAAGCACCACCAGAUCUCACCCCUGCUGAUACAAUUAAAGAGUUUACACAGAUAGCGGUUGUUCCAUCUAUGCAUACCACAGCCAGUCCAGGAAUAACUUGUAUAGAUAUUGACCAAACUGAAAAUCUUAUUCUUACUGGAGGAAACGAUAAGAAAGCACAAAUAUUUAAUAGAGAAAGGAAUAAAACUGAGAGUACGUUGAAGGGUCAUACUAAAAAAAUCACAGAUGUAUUGUGGUUAGGAAGAAAUGAUUCUGAGCAAGGGGACACAGUGUUCACUUCAAGUGCAGAUAAAACUAUCAGAAUUUGGAGACCUCAGACAAAAGGAUACAAAACGGAGAAGACAAUUACAUCACAUUCUAGUGAAGUCACUGGUAUUGCCGUACACGCCACAAAAGAUUAUUUGGUGUCAGUGUCACAUGACUCUACAUGGGCGUUUCAUGAUAUAGAAACCGUACAAACUUUGGCUAAGGUAGAAAGAUAUUCGACUGUUGAGUUUCAUCCAGAUGGUCUCAUCCUGGGAACGGGAACGAACGAUUCCGUUGUUCGCAUUUGGGAUGUUAAAUCUCAACAAAAUGUUGCAUCUUUUACUGGUCAUACUGGUCGCGUCACAUCGAUUUCUUUCUCGGAGAAUGGUUAUUUCUUAGCAACUGCAUCAGAGGAUAAUCUUGUAAAAUUAUGGGACCUUAGAAAAUUAUCGAAUUUUCAUACUCUGACUAUUGAUGAAGGAAAGAUCAAUAAGGUUGUAUGGGACUAUAGUGGUCAUUAUUUAGCUGUUGGUGGAACUGACAUGAGAAUUUAUCAAUCUAAAACAUGGAAUGAGCUUGUGGUUAUUUCCGAGAAUACCGCAGAAAUUACGGAUAUGAAAUUCGGAGAAUUAGCCAAAUAUUUGGUAGUUGGUGGUCUAGAUCGUA